AUGGCAGGUCCUAAAAACAAAGGUAUUGAAUUUAAAAUCAAGACAGGAGAGGGAAACCUCAAGUUUGUGUCUUUUCUGAAUGGGUGGCCCAACCAUCAAUCUGAGUGGGCCAGUGCCAUCCCUCCCUUACUAACCAACUUUCUCUUCUGCUGUCAUUUGCUCCUAUUGCACAGAGAAAAACUACAGACGUUACUGUCCGAAUAUGUUGUUGACACCCUCAACCUCAUUCAGACAGUCAGAGACUUCUGUGACAGAGAAGAGAAAUGGACCCUUCAGAGAAAAACAGAACUGGAGAGUAUGAAACAUAUCAAGGAACAAGCAGACAAAAUCAGUCUUAAGUUUGGUCAUGUUAAAAAUUCAAAGAACAAAGGUAAAGCCUUUGGAGAGUUCCUAAAGAGUGGUUUAACUCAGGUCACAGCUGACUCUAGACGACAAAAACUGGAGAAGAAACUGGGUGAUGUCCUGAAAAAUACAUUUGAGGGGUUGGAGAAACUUGACCACUUUCUGGAUGCAGUGGAGAAACUAACAGUUACCUCAUUAAAUGUCUUCACUGAUCAAAGUGUCCUGCCGAAUGGGGAGAACCCUGCAAAUGUGCGAUCGGUCAUCACAGCUGCCAAAAUGGCGUCUCCUCUCCUCAUCAACUUUAAACGAAAUAACGAAACCUUCUUCCUUCCCAUCCUUAAUAAUGUGGAUGUCAUGGUUUUUCAGCUAGACAAAUACAUACAAAUUACACAACAGCUUUGUGAGAAACUGAAUAAAAAAUGGAUGCAGGAUGAGCCUUUAAAGUUCAGUUCGAGUGUAAAGAACUCGAAGAAAAAAAUGCUUAAUAAUUUGAACCAGUUAAGACAAAUCAGAAAUGACCAGGACACCAGGUUAAUGUUCCUCUUUAGGGAACAUGCUUUGAACUUCAUUGGUCUGUACAGCCAACGUCGCUCUGAGGUGAAGCAGUUCUUGUCAGAUCUGGAAGAAAGUGCAGUUCAGCUGGACAGAAUGAAGAAAGGAGCAAGUAUUUCUACUGUAACUGGUAGUUCAGUGGGGAUAGCAGGAAGUGUUUUGUCCAUUGUUGGCAUUGCUCUUGCUCCUGUCACUGCAGGAGUGUCUUUGACUCUCACACUGACAGGGCUUAGUCUGGGGGUAACCAGUGGUGUCAAUAGUUUGGUCACGGGUAUCACUGAAACAGCCGUUAACGCUUACCAUGGUAAAAAGGUACAAAGCAUUUUCCAGACAUACAUGAAUGAUACAAAGAGGAUUCAAUGCUGUUUGCAGAAGGCCAGUUCGGAGCAUGUAGAGAGGCUUUAUUUUAUCAGUAUGUUCGGAGCACGAAAAGUGGAAAAAGGUAAAACAGUUUCAUCUGUUCAAGUACACAAAGUUAAGAAAGUGCAAAAGCAACAAGACACAAGCAAAGUCAAGGAACUUGUGGGUAAAGCGUUAAGACAUGGGAAGUUUGGAGUCCGUGUUACAGGAGUGGGGAAAGGUAUUGAUUCCCUGGUGGAUGCUGCUAAAGCUGCUAAAGCCCUCCAAAGUGAGGGGGUGGUUACAAAAGCAGUUGGGAUGGGGCUGCAGGAAGCACGAAGUACUCGUAGCAUUCCCAACCUCGCUGCAGACUUGCCUGACAUUGGGCAACUGGCAAAAGGGACACCACUAGCACUCUCAAAGACAGCAAGAGCUGGAUUUAUCACUGCCAAUGCUCUUUUUAUUGGUUUGGAUGUUCUUUUCAUUUGUAAAGACAGCAUAAGUCUGGCAAAAGGGAGCAAGAGUGAAACAUCUCAGCUCAUCCGCUCCAGAGCAACUCUGUGGAAAUCUGAACUCGAGGCCUGGCAGAAGAUUUAUGAUUCCUUAUGCAUAGGAAUAGAAAAGUUUAGAAAGAGACAGAUCCUGCUGGAGCAACCCUUUCUUCCUUAGUAAUAAUUAGUCUACAGGAAAUUUACAAAUACACUAGCCUGUAAUAUCAAAUAUAAUACAUGGGUGAUUCUCACGACAACUUGGUUUUAAAAAUGUCAAGCAUGAAAAUGUAAAAAUUGCUUAAAUUUACUUUUUUUCCCACCAGACAUUGAAAAACAAAGUCUGGAGUAAAUGGGAACAUUAAUUUAAAAACUUUUACUCAUCAUUUAACACUUUUUGUAACAUAAUUUAAAAAAUGAGUCCUAAAAAAUCUCAUUACCGCAACAGUCAGAAAACAUCAACACUGACAUAUUUUCAAAAUGACAUGACAAACCUGAAAGAACAUAAUUUGGAGAUUCUGCACAUGCAUUUAAAAUCAAAGUAUUAUGCUUCUAUUAAUUAAAUUAACAUUUAAUAAGCAUCUGUUGCGGUAAUGAUAAUCAAAAAGACAAUAUUUCAAAUUAACUGUAAAAAAAUGAUCUUACCUGGUAGCCAUCUUGAAGUAACUGGUCCAUGUGCUUGGUCACUCAAAAUCAAACUUUAUUAAAAUUCUGUAUGUGUGCUUAAACUGUUCUCAAAAAGUGUUGCGGAGGAUGAGAACAUCAGGCAUGGACACAUCAUUUUCCUAAUUUUUCUUCAUUAUUAUUAUACAUGAAUAUUCAGUAAAUAUUUUUUCUGUCAUCUAAAGUAGUCUAGGAAAACAUCCAUUUAUUUUUUUUCUUAAUAUUUUUGUGUUGAUUUGAUUAAAUUACAACAUAACGCAUGCUCAAACACAGCCGGAUACAUUGCGGUAAUGAGAAUUUCAGCAGAAAAUGAGAUAAAAUUUUACAAUUAUAAAUUCUUAUGUUGAAAUCACACAUUGUGCAAGGUAGAACACAGUAUUGUGUUAAUUCUGAUGCUUUUUAAUGUUACUAUAUUACACAUUUUAAAGCUAAAAUCAUUAGUGCCGUGCUGUUUCAAUGGUUUCGUGAGAAUCACCCACA